UAAUUGAAUAUAUUUCAGUUUUCUGGUGACUCGGAGAGUGGUGCUCUGGCUCUGAAGCUCUAUGGCUGGGGUAACCAGGAUCGUUGGUUUCGACGCUAUACUCACUGGAACCACCAAAACGGUGUCGUAUCAUCCAUUCUCUGUUAAAUCUAAGCUUUUCUGUCUUCCACGUCGUCUGUCCAAAUUGUCCAUUGUUACUCUCUCCCCGUAUCAUCGUCGUAGCCCCGCCGUCACUUGCCGUUACGGAGGAGGCGGUGGUGGUGGUGGAGGUGGCUCUAGAUUCCCCGGAGAUAAGCGAGGUAGACAAAAAGAAUCAGAAAAUGAUGAUGCGCUUGAUAUCUCAGCUAUUAGGUCAGCUACUGUCAGGCUUAUUGAUGGCCAACAGAACAUGAUUGGUAUAGUUUCAAAGGAGGAAGCUGUUCGAAGAGCUGAUGAAGCUGAGCUUGAUCUGGUGAUUCUUUCGCCGGAUGCAGAUCCCCCUGUUGUCAGAAUGAUGGAUUACAGUAAAUACAGAUACGAACAGCAAAAGAGGAAAAAGGAACAGCAGAAGAAAACUACUCGCAUGGACUUGAAGGAGCUUAAAAUGGGUUAUAACAUCGAUCAGCAUGACUAUUCUGUACGCAUGAGAGCUGCCCGGAAGUUUUUGCAAGAUGGUGACAAGGUUAAAGUGAUUGUGAACAUGAAAGGCAGGGAAAACGAGUUCAGAAAUAUUGCUAUUGAGCUCCUCAGACGUUUUCAAACUGAAAUAGGAGAGGUGUGUGCAUUCUUCUCUACACUUUUGAGUUUGGUAUUGAAUUGGCAUCUGUAUUGCUCCUUAAUCGAUCUUGUUACUGGAACUUGUCAACUUCUGCAGCUUGCGACUGAGGAAAGUAAAAACUUUCGGGACAGAAACUUGUUUAUUGUCUUAGUGCCAAACAAGGAAGUUCUUAAGAAAGCUCAAGAACCACCUUCAAAAAAGAAGAAAAAGCCAGCUGAUGAUGAAGUUUCAGCGGCAGGUGUUACUGCAACUUGAGGAUAUUAUAUGAUGCAUAUUUGUCUGGAUAUAUAUAUAUAUAUUAUCUGGUAAUGACUAUGAGUUUGAUAAAUUUCUGUAUAGUUCAUUUUCUACUAUGCUUUUUGCAUUCCCAUGUAUGUGUAACCAUAGAAAUAGAUUAUUUGAAAAAAGAUCUUCCUCAACCUUUGAGCUUAGCCGUAAAGAUUGUAUAACAAGAACCAAGACUUAAAGAAUUAUCAAUUAUGAGUGAUAUAAUGUUACAGUACGAGUACAAUAUGACUUGGGAAGCCACUACCAAUAAUCUCCGCAAGAACACACACCGUCUUUAAAAUGGUGGAAGCGGUUGGCGUCUCUUACAACUAUCACUCUAUCUGUGAUCUUUGAGAUGAGUUUGGUUGCGGCGUGACAGUCUAAACAGACCCUGAGAUUCUUUAUGAUCCGGAUUUCAGUUCCUGGUUCGGUGACAAUGAGUCCAAAGGCAAUGGCUAGCCUCUCACUGUGAAAUUUCACCAUCAGCUCCCUUUCUUCCUCUUCCACGUCGUGCAAGGCCAACUCCGUCUCUGGUUGAUACCCAGCUUCCCUCAUCUUCCCUUCAAGCUCCUCUAGCUUCUCAUAGAUUGCUUUCCCCUGUGGAUGUGACUGAUCACCUGAGGUAAAGACAUGAGGCGUCUCACCGAUUUCUAUCAAGGUAUAACCAGGAGCCUUGGCUAGUUUCCUCUUCUUUGCUUCUUGCCUUACCGUAGCAGCCUGUGGAUAAUUUCUAUCAGCUGAGUGAAUAUUCGACAGCAAAACAUGGUAGCCUACAUUGUCUGGAUCUAGCUCAAACAGCUUCUCAGAGACAGUACGUGCAAGGUUUGUGUCUUUGUGGAUCCUACAAGCUCCAAGCAGUGUUUGCCACACGGAAGGAUCCGGCUCAACAGGCAUUGCCUCUAUAAAUUGCAAUGCUCUCUGCAAAUGCCCUGCUCGGCCAAGAAUAUCAACCAUACAGGCGUAAUGCUUGACCGUUGGUUCAAAACCAUACUGGUGGAUCAUGGUAUUGAAUAUCUCAUCACCUUCCUUGACAAGACCAGCAUGACUACAAGCGUAAAGAACAGAGAGGAAAGUGACUGGCGUCGGUGCAACGCUGGAACUCAACAUCUCAGAGAAGAUAUUCAGAGCUUCAUGUCCAUGUCCAUGGAGUCCAUAACCGGAUAUCAUUGUGUUCCAUGUAACUUCAUUCUUCUUCGGCAUCAAGUCAAACAACCGCCGCGCUUCUUCAAUGCUUCCACACUUUGCAUACAUACCAAUCAAAGCUGUAGACACAUAUACGCUAGACUCAAAAUCUGUGCUCCUUACAAGACCAUGUACCCAUUUCCCCAAACUCAAAGUUCCUAACUGCGCACAAGCUGAAAAAAUACAAGUUAUCGUGAUGGGGUUUGGACGAAACUCAGACUUCUGCAUUUCCCUGAACAGAGAUAUCGCAUCCUCUGUCACCCCGUUUUGAGUGAAACCAGAGAUCAUUGCGUUCCAAGACGCCAAGCUUUUGUUCGUACACUCAUCAAAAACCUUUCUAGCCGAUUCCAUCUCGUUCAGUUUACUGUAAACCGUGGUUAAUGCGGUAGGAACAGACUCAUGAGACAAGAAACCUGAUUUCAAGCUGUAACCAUGAAUGGCAUAUACAAGCAUAAGAUGACCAGAGACAGGGAUCAAACUCACCAACGUACUUGAGUUCAACCUUUCUCCCGAUAAAACCAUCUCUUUAAACAGUCUUAAAGAUAGCUCAGUCUCGCCAUUUGAACUGUACCCGUGAAUCAUUGCAUUGUAAGCUACUACAUCCGGUGUACAAAACUCCCGAAACAGAGUAUCCAAAGCUUCAACCUUUCCACAUUUCGAGUACAACGAGAUGAAACCCG